UCAUGACCUCACAUUAACUUUCUUUCCCAUAGGUGAGGGGGGCCAGUCACACCACUGAAGCAUCACAGUCCAGGCUUCAACUUGCCGACAACUAUGCCAGCGUCGUCCGCCGCCCGCCGGCGUCCAUUCGCGUAACCAACCCCUCUAGUCGGAGUUCCCAUCUAUCGUCGCCCUUCGUCAGCUUCCCCCGGCCGCGGUGAGGCAGAGAAAUAGUUCAACCACCGGCGGUUGUCUUCGCUUCCGGUCGCGACUCAUCUUCCCCGUUGCUUUAUCUCAACCGCCGCCGAUGUGUAGCCUGGGCUGCGGCCGCUCUUAGGUGAAGUUGCAUCACCGUCGUUGGUCCUCUGUCGCCGGGCGUCAGCACACUCCGGUGAUAUCAAGGACUGUUCUCCGUCGCUGUCUACUACCUGCAACGUCGCCGUCUUCCACCCGCGCCGUCGCUCUAGGUGUCCAUUCUGAUUCAGCCGCCGCCGUUUGCUAGGGUACGCACUACACAGGUACGCUACUUCCCCAUCUUCCAAUUUAUUUGCUAUCUUUUAUUUUGACUUUCUUUGACUCAUUCUUGGUUCUGUGACCGUGGCUCCUUUGGAGUCUAUUUUGACUCUUUUCUUUUCUAUCUUAUUUAUCAUGGAAUGUUAAUUUUGAUGAUGUCCUUUGUCAUUAUUUUGAAUAGUUUUCAACUUUUCAUCAAUUUAUGGACGUAUUAAAUUCCAUAAAUUCUGAUGAUUUAUCAAGUGAUGAGGGUGAAUUAGUGUUAGGAGAAUUUUUCACGUCCUUUGGCAGAUGCUAAUUCGGACGUCGAAGAAAUUAGUCCCGUAAAGUCACGAGCCGAUCCGGUCAAGCCACCAAAACGUCGUGACCGUGACCCGUAUCCAUUCUUAGACCAGAGCCCCAUUUUACGUUACAAGUCGUGCCUCUCAAUUUCCAAAUUUCAAAAGUAUAAGAAAAUUUUCCCAUCCACAGUGACUGUCCGAUGUCCAGACACGGAGAAUAUUGUAACUGAUCCUCCUAAGGGUCACUUUUUCGGGGUGCGUAUCCUUUCCAUAAAAUUAGGAUUUCGCUUUCCCACACACCCUUUGAUCAUCAAGUUCUUAAAUGACCUUGAAAUUUCACCUUGUCACCUGACUCCGCUUGGUCAUCAGUAUUUGGUAGCUUUCUUGGUUCGAUGUAACACACUUAGGAUUAAACCAUCCCCAGAUCUUUUCAAGCAUAUGUUUCGAGUUGGGCAGUGCUCGGCAUCCGAUAGUCGGUCUUGGGUGUCUAUUUCUCAACGUAACCACUUUGACAUGUGGAAGGUCACUCGUAACAACAAAGCUAAUUGGAAAGAAGAGUGUUUAAUCCCAUGUGUGUUAUAUCGGACCAAAAAAGCUGCCAGAUACUUAUGACCGAGCGGAGUCAGGUGACAAGGUGAAAUUUAAAGAACAUUUAAGAUCUCGAUGAUCAAAUGGUGUGUGGGAAAGCGAAAUCCUAAUUUUAUGGAAUGGAUAUGCAGCCCGAAAAAGUGACCCUUAGGAGGAUCAGUUACAAUAUCCUUCGAACCUGGACAUCGGACAGUCACCGUGGACGGAAAAAUUUCUUACACUUUUGAAAUUUGGAAACUGAGAGGCGCGACUUGUAACAUAAAAUGAGGCCCGGGUCUAAGGAUGGAUACGGGCCACGGUUGCGACGUUUUGGUGGCUUGAUCAGAGCGGUUUGUGACUUUACGAGACUAAUCUCUUCGACGUCCGAAUAAACAUCUUCCAAGGUAUGAGACAAAUUCUCCAACACUAAUUCACUGUCAUUACUUGGUAAAUCAUCGGAAUUUAUGGAGUUGAAAAUGUCCAUAUAUUGAUGGCAACUAUUCAAAACAAUAGAUAUCAUCAACAUUAACACCAGGAAUCAACGAAAUAGAAAAGAAAAAGUCAAAAUAAGCUCCAAAGGAGCCACGGUCAAAGCCCUCAAAGAGAAGUCAAAAUAGAAUUAGCGAAUAAAGAGAAAGAAGAGAAGAAAGCAUACCUGCAUACCCUAGCAAGCGGCGUCGGCCAAAUUUGAAUAUGGGGUCCACGCCAGGAGCAGGGCAACGACGGCACAGGUGUUAAACGGAGGCGGCGCAGGUGGUAGACGACAGCGGCGAACAGUUCUGGAUGUCACCGGAACGCGCCAGUGCCCGACGAUGGCGGUGGUGUGCCUUCGCCCUAGAGUGCCCGCAGCCCAAACUACACAGUGACAGCGGCUAAGACAGGGUGCAGCAGAGGGGACGAGCCGCGACCUGGAGCGGAGACAACCAACAGCAGGGCGGAGUUCGGCGUCCGGCACUACAACGACAACGCCAGUGUAGCUGAGGUGUUUUGUUUGCUCGCAGCGAGCGUCGGGGGCUGAUGGAGUACGACGGCAGACAAGAACUUCAAACGUGGGUAGGCUGGUCGCACGAUUGGACACUGGUGGCGGCGGGCGUCGUUGACCGACUGAUGGUGGACGACGAGUUGUGGCCUGGAAUAGAGCAAAGUGACUGGUCCUAAAUAGGGGUGGGAAUAGGCCAGGCGGCCUAUCAGGGGCCUGGGGCUUGGCCUGGUUACGGCCUGGCCUGUAUAGAAAAAAAAACAGGCUUCGGCCUUUUUAAAUAUUCGUUUAUAUUAAUAGGCCAGGCUUAGCCUGAUUUUAAGGCCUAUUUAGCCUGACAGGCCGACCUGUUUAUGGUCAUGGGCUAGAAUAUAUUUAUACAUAUAUGAUCUACAUUAAAGUGAAAGCCCAAUAUACUUCUAAUUGUAAACUAAAUGUUCUAAACUAAUGCAGUAAUGCUCUAAACCUAGAAACCAAAAUAUACGCAGAGUCGCAGAUCGAUAGUCUAGAGUCAGGCUUUGAGCUUUGACGGUAGUUCGACGGACAGCUGUUCGUCUUUUCAAAUCUUCUUCGUCCUUCUGGUGGUGUUGGCGGCCAGUUGAGUUCCAGGGAGAAGAAUCUAGAGCAUUCAGUCCCCUGCUCAAAAUUUUAAAGUACCUAGCAUAUUAAUACAAGGUCUAUAUGAUGUCUUCUCCACAAGAGAAUGCAGAGAAUAUUGACACAAUUUCAACUGCCACUAAUCAUGAUAUGGAUUGUGGUUCACAAGUACCAACUGAUUCAAGCCAACAAGAAGUGAACAAUGACCAAACUAAUGAGGGUAAUCAAGACAAUUCUAUUAUUCAAAGGAAAAGGAAGAAGACAUCAUAUGUUUGGGAUGACUUUGUACUUACCGAGAUCAGCAAAGGAGUGACAAAAGCAGUUUGCAAACACUGUCGGGGCAAGUUUGCCUACUCGGGGAAGGGAGCUAGCACGAGCCACUUGAAGAGACACAUGGAUAUUUGCUUGAAGAGGAGUUUAAACUUAGCCAAACAAAAGAUGCAAUGCAUCAUUCCAUUUCAACCCUCUGCCACAACAAUCAAUCCUUUUCAGACACCGGGCGUUAGAUAUUCAAAUGAGAAGAUGAGAGAAAUAAUUGUGACAGCAAUCAUGAUACACGAGUACCCUUUUAGCAUUGUUGAGGAUGAAGUUUGGAUGUGGGACUUCCAAUAUGCAAAUCCUGAAUUUUGCAAGGUAUGUCGCAAAACAGCUCGAAGUGAUUGUAUUAAAAUUUAUGAAGCAGAGAGAAAGUGUUAAAAACUUUGUUAACGUCUUUGAGCAAGAUUUCCUUAACUACUGAUAUGUGGAGAUCAACGCAUCAAGUAGCUGAGUAUAUGGUUUUGACUGGACAUUUUAUUGAUGUUGGCUGGAAUCUUCAAAAGAGGGUUUUAAGUUUUGUUAAAGUUCCUGCUCCUCGGCGUGGUGUGGAUGUGGCAGAUGUUAUAUUCAAGUGUCUUAAAGUUUCGGGGAUUGAAGAAAAGGUAUUUUCUGUAUCAGUUGAUAAUGCUAAGUACAACGAUUCUUGCUAGAAGAACCUUAAGGAUGAUUUAUUGCUUGAAAAUUAGUUAAUGGGAAAACUGUCAAAUAGGUCCUCGAACUUUCAUAAAAAAGUCAAUUAAGUCCUUCUAUAGGAGACUCUGUCCGGUCGUCGCGAUUUGGGGCGGUUCUCGGUGGAAUUUUUUGAUGAAAUUUUUUGAGCAUCUUAUUCAUCAAGUCUAGUUUACUCAUACCAAAUUUCAGCUAAAAAUUUAAUCGGGAGCGCAUUCAAAUUAAUUUGAGAACGCAAAAAUGCGCAGUUAUCUUCAAGAAAUAAUUUGAAUGUGUUCCCGAUUGAAUUUUUAGCUAAAAUUUGGUAUGAGUAAACUAGACUUGGUGAAUAAGAUGCUCAAAAAAUUUCAUCAAAAAAUUCCACCGGGAACUACCCCAAAUCGCGACGGCCAGACAAAAUUCCACCGGGAACUACCCCAAAAUCUCUUAAUUGACCUUUUUAUGAAAGUUCGAGGACCUAUUUGACAGUUUUCCCUAAUUAAUCUGUAAUGGUAAGUUGUUUCAUGUAAGAUGUUGCGCUCAUAUUUUGAAUUUACUGGUCCAAGAUGGACUCAGUAAGAUAAAAGGUAUCAUUCAUAAUGUUCGAGAGAGUGUGAAGUAUAUUAAUUACAAUGAUUCAAGAUUGAAAUCAUUUUCUGAUAUUGUCGUGCAAAAGCAUUUGAAAGAAAGAAUGCUAAUCCUUGAUUGCCUGACAAGGAGGAAUUCAACAUUUAAGAUGUUAUCUUGUGCUUUAAGAUUCAAGAUUGUGUUCCCUGCCUACAAGGAAAGAAAGCUACAUUAUAAUAAUGAGCCAUCUCUCGAAGAAUGGUGUAAGGUUGAGAAGGUUUGUCAACUGUUAGAGGUUUUCAAUUCCGCAUCUGAUGUCAUGUCUGGCACUGAUUAUCCAACUGCCAAUUUAUACUUACCUGAGGUUUGGAGGGUUAAGCACGUUAUUGAUCAAGCGGCAGAAGAUGCAGAAUUAUUCAUGAGAUAAAUGGCAGCUGCAAUGAAAGAAAAAUUUGAUAAAUAUUGGGGGGAAUGCAGUCUGUUGAUGUCCAUUUCAAGUGUCUUAGAUCCCAGGUGCAAGUUUCAUGUUGUCAAUUAUUGUUUUCCUUUCAUUUAUAAAAUUGAAACGGUGGCUAAUAAGAACAUAGAAAUGGUUAUGACUUCAUUGGAGUCUCUUUACAAAGAAUAUGUUGAAUUAAACAACCAAGAGCAACGUUCUGGGUCAGGCACGGGCUUUGAGCAAAUUAUGCGCAUUGUUCGCGAAAAGAAAGCAAUACCACCGACGAAAUCUGAGCUAGAAGUAUAUCUAGAGGACGAUCUAUUUAUCCAUGAUAUUAGUUCUAACUCUUUUUUGUGCUUUGGAGUGGUGGAAAAACAAUAGUAUGAAGUAUAAGGUUUUAUCAAAGAUGGUUGUGGAUAUCCUAGCUAUUCCAAUCACAACAAUUGCAUCAGAGGCUACAUUUAGCGCAAGAGGAAGAGUAAUUGGUGAAUAUCGUUCAAGGCUAGAUGAAGAAACUGUUUCAGCACUUCUAUGUGUUGGGGAUUGGCUUCGCAAAAAGUAUAAUUUGAAAAAAUAAAAAAGGUAUAUAUUUUAUGUAUUCACAUGUAUUUUAUAUUUAAAUUGAUGUACUAAUGUGUAUACUUUCAUUUUCUAGGUACGUGAGCUUCAAGAAGAGGAAGAGAUAAUGUUGAAGAUUUGAUGCUUUACUGGUCCUUUAUGCGUUUGCUUGGGUUUGGUGCUUUGUGGACCAUGUAUUCUGAAAACUUUGCUUUUUGUUAUGGAUUGUGCUUGUUGAGUUUUGCUGAAAUUUGCAUUGAUGCUGAAAUUUUCUUUAAGCUAUUUGCUAGCUUUCUUUUGUAUUGAAAUUUUAAUUUAGAGUUUUUUUGACAUGUUAAAAGUCAUUAAGUUUCUUAUUUGGUUUGAAUGAGAUCAAUAUAUGUGGACAGUGGACUUCUACUAGUACAUUCUACUUAUUUAUUUAAUUUUUGGGAUGAUAUUUAUAGCUUAA